AUGAAGACCACACUUCUCUUUGUUUGUUCUCUGUUUUGUUUACCACGGAGGGUGUUUGUGUUUGUUCCUUUUCAUAGCAGAGGUAAUGUCUGGGACCUACCAUCCUCUGAUUGGUCGACAGGUAGUUUAUGGCCAACACCUAUAGGCAACGAGUGGACAUCCUCUUCAUUUACAGACAAUGGAGGUCUUCGAACCUUGAGAGAGGAGCCCCGGUCUCAAGUUGACUUUCCACAUGAUGAAGUGUGUAAUUAUUGUCAUAAAUUGGAGAAAGAACGCCAUCACGGCUGUGGAGCAAAAUGUUACAUAUUUGAUACGUGUUCGGAGCUUCAAAGCUGCAGAAACAGACUGACAGAAAAUCAUAGACGCAGACAUCAGGAUUUCCCAUACCAUUUAGUGUGUUCGUUUUGCCAAAACCUUGCCUUAAAAAAUGGACAUAGCAAGAACCUUUGUUCUAUGUAUUGUAUAGAUAAAUUUUUGUAUGGAGGGAGACUGUUUACGCUUUAGAGACAUUGAGAAAAAGAAUGUGAUAUUACCGAUGGAUUUUCUCCCUACUUUUAAUUUAAACAAUAACAUUUAAUAAUUUAAUUUUGUUUGUAUACUAGCCUCUGAUUGGUUAAUAUCCAAAAAGGAACACAAAUUAUUUCUGUAUAACCUGGUUUGGUAUGGGGACACCCCCCCCCCCCUGACAACCAGCUGAAUCAUCUGUAUCCAUACAAUCCUCUCAUUUCCAGUCCUCGGGAUUCAUGGAAAAUUCCAGAUUUAAUAAAUGCACCUUUAAUUUCAAACAAUAAUUCGAUCUUACCACAUGUAAGCAAACAACAUGGCUGCUAUGCCUAUGUAUCAGUUUUUACCUCCCCUCGAUUCCCAUCACUUCCGUUACUUCCGUUACUAUGGUUGUAUUAUUGAGCGGCAAAUUUGAACUAAUAAAAAGUAACGAAAUUUUACACCCAUAGUUAUUUAAUGAUUUUAAAAUUAAAUUAUAAGGAAUAACUCUAAUUCUUGGCCAAAUUAUUCGAGUAUAACCUGGUUUGGGUCAGU